AUGUACAAUCGAUACGUCCCGUCAAAGGGAGCAACUUCUGCAUCAUCACCACUUCCUCAACAGAGUACCGCCAGCCAUGGCUCGACCAGCCAGCCCUCCACAGACUACGCUCGAUACGUACCCCCAACGAAAGGAGCAAAGACGACGGCGGCCCAAUCUCCAUCAAUAAACUCGCAUGAUGCGCUAUCUCCCGCGACAAAGCGCAAGCAUGGCGAUGCCUCGACGAACGGCACAGAAAGCCCUGCACCGAAGAAGUCCAAGCAGUCUGAAGAUGUAGAGAAAACCGAGAAGAAAGAGAAAAAGAAGAGGGAAAGGGAGGCGAGAGACAAGCCAAAGAAGAAGAAGGCUUCCAAAGAGGACAAUGGGGACGACGAUGACGAAGAAGACAAGGUGCCCUCGCGAUUCGCAUCAGUAUUGGCAAAGAAGGCCAAGUCGAUCAGGGCCCCGGCACCACUGCCCGAGGGAGCUGAGGCAAUGGAGGUCGACGGAGACGAAGCGGAGGACGUCGAGAUGCACGGCCUGGACCCCCUACCGCAACCGGAGCCUGUGGCCGCCGACACGACCAAGAUGUCCUAUGAAACCCUACCGCCAUGGCUUGCAGCACCGAUACGCGUUGCAGCCGACACCAGAACUCCGUUCCCCGAGAUCGGCAUCAACGACCGUUCAGCCAAGAUUCUCGAGUCGAAAGGCUUCAAGGACGCUUUUGCGGUGCAGACGGCCGCGAUACCGUUACUUUUGCCGUCGUGCAAGCACCGCCAGGGUGAUCUUCUCGUCGCGGCAGCUACCGGUUCCGGAAAGACCUUGGCGUAUGCGUUGCCGAUUGUUCGCGAUAUCAGCCAGGGCCAAGUGACGAGGUUGCGAGCGCUUGUGGUGCUGCCGACCAGAGAACUUGUCAACCAGGCACAGGAAGUCUUUCAGCUCUGCGCCGCUGCUUUUGAUGCCCGUGAUCAGAAGCGCGUACGCAUCGGAAUUUCCAUUGGCAGCCAUCAACUGAAAAACGACCAGGCGAAUCUGGUAGAGCAGACGGAACGCUACGACCCCGAGGCAUAUGCAGACGCUGUGAAGAGGGAUCGCGAGGCUUGGACUACACUUGAGGAUGCCGAUGCUGAAGGUGGGCCGCAGGCGUCCAGGCCAGUCAUGGGCAACUUGCCCGACCACGUCGUCGACUACAACUCCAAGGUCGAUGUACUCAUUUGCACUCCUGGAAGGCUGGUCGAUCACAUCAAUCAUACGCCCGGCUUCACGCUGGACUAUGUUCGCUGGCUGGUAGUCGAUGAAGCAGACAAGCUGCUGGCGCAAAGCUUCCAGGGGUGGUUGGACGUGGUCAUGCCUAAGCUGCGCACCAACAAGUUCAGCGCACGCGACUUCCCCGACUCGAAUCUGACAGGCGUCCGCAAGGUUGUGCUCAGUGCGACGCUCACCCGAGAUCUCAGUCUGCUCGGCAGUCUGCAGCUCAGGAGGCCACAGCUGAUCGUGCUCGAGGGCGGCAAGGCCGAUGGCACGACGCAGGUGGCCGAGCACACGCUUCCCAGCUCACUCAAGGAGUUUGCGACAAGAGUUUACGACACUAGGCUCAAGCCUCUCUAUCUGCUCGACCUGCUUCAGGGCAAGCACUUGCUCUCGCCCACGGACACGACAUCGAAGAAGAAAACAACUCCUGCAAAGACAGCAGCAGCAGCAACAGACGACGACGACACUUCAUCAGAAGACGAGUCGGAUACCUCGUCGGACGGUUCAUCCGACACCUCGUCAGACUCGGACUCGGACUCGGACUCGGACUCCGACACGCCUAAGGCCCCCUUCAAGAAGACGGCGCUCAUCUUUACAAAGUCCAACGAAUCCGCCAUCCGUCUCUCUCGCCUCCUGUCCCUCCUCGCGCCCUCUUUCGCGCCCCUCAUCGGCACCCUCACCUCGACGCAAAAGACAUCGCACCGCCGCCGCGUCCUCGCCUCGUUUACAACCGGCACCCUCCGCAUCCUCGUCGCCUCAGACCUUGUGGCUCGUGGCAUCGAUCUGCCGGCCCUCGACAACGUCGUCAACUAUGAUCUCCCGGCCAGCGCCGCGGGUUACGUCCACCGCGUGGGCCGCACGGCGCGCGCGGGCAGGCAGGGACGGGCGUUCACGCUUGUGGAGACGCGCGAGAGCGGAUGGUUCUGGGGCGCCGUGGCCAAGUGGGAGGGCAUCCGGCGAACGGAAGAGGUCGGACGGUUGGUCAUUGUCGAGAAGGCUGCGGAAGAAGGAGGGUUUGGCGGGGAGAGGAUGGAGAGGUAUGAGAAGGCAUUGGAGGAGCUGGGGAAGGAAGCGUCCGAGGUGCGGAAGCAGAGGUAG